CACAGUGUCCCGCGCGUGUUUUAAAGAUGCCGAAAACUGCCGAAACCAAGUUUGUGAAUUCACUCUUCCUGACCAAUCUCAUCCAAUCGCAGUAUGGUGAGUCGGAGGUGAAAAUUAAGGCGUAUGAUGUCGAACCUGCAUCUGCCGAUAUUAACGAUCCCUACGCAAGAUCAUCUAUGAACCGGAUCCUUAUCAAAUAUACCUCCAAGGAAAAUCCCACCGAUGCGGUAAUUACGUUUGUGGCGAAAAUCCAACCCACCGAAGGGCUGCUGGUCGAGCAGUUCAAAAAGGCGGAUGUCUUCGAGAAGGAGAUUCUCAUGUACAAGUCCGUACUGCCCAGUAUGGUGACGGCGAUAUCCAAGCUUGGUAGCGUCAUUGAACUGGCGCCGCAGCUAAUCUACUCCUCGGAGACUCCUUCGGAUCUUGUCGUGCUGGAGGAUCUCACGGCACGCGGUUAUAGCGUAGAAAAUCAAACCUUCGGACUGUCUUACGAGCAGAGCAAAAUGGCCAUCGAAAAGCUGGCCUUCUUUCAUGCCGCCAGCGCAGCUCUGCUGUCGGAAAAUGGACAACUGUUUGCCAAGUUUUCCAAGGGUACCUUCCACAACGAACACAAGGAUAAGCUGAACUAUUUCCCCGAUGCGAUACGCAUUGUCGGUGAGCUUGCGGCUGAGAUUGGCAUUAGCCAGACCAUGGCGGAAAAGAUUCAAAAGUUACCGGCCAAAACACUGCAGAAGGCUAUCGAAGCGUACGAGAGCGAUUUCAAGGGUUUGAAGGUGCUCAACCAUGGUGACUUUUGGACCAAUAACAUUCUCUUCAAGUAUCAGGGCAAUGAGCUGGUGGAUGCUAUCUUCGUUGACUUCCAAAACUGUGUCCUCGGUUCACCGAUCAUCGAUCUGGUGUACUUUUUGGCUUCUUCACCUGCAUAUGACGUGCUGCAAAAGCAUCGCGAUGAGCUAGUCUACAUCUAUCACGAAACACUCGUACUAUUGCUACAGAAACUGGGCUACAUGAAAUCCGUCCCUUCGUUGCUCGAGUUGCAGGUGGAGCUGCUGAAGCAUGGAGCGCUCCAGGUGAUCUAUGCCCUAACCGUUUCACCCUUUAUGCGCACCAAGGAUGCACAUAAUACGCCACCGAUGCAGCCCACACUGUACAAUCCCAACCAAUCGGCGAACGUUAAGCAGGUCCUGCAAGCUCACGCGCCCAGCAUUGUUGAACAGCUGAAGGCAUACGAAAUGGUCGGACUGCUUGACUGGGGUGCAAACGAAAGUAAAAUUAAGGGCUUGAUGUCACGCUUCCAGCGUUGAAACUUAACCCA